CAAGGAACCAAGCUAUUCUGGACCUGAUUUGCACCUGUCAACAUCUACACCACCUGGUUUGCUCUUCAACCUUUCUCCAGGCUCAAGAUGACUUCGUCCACCAAGGUGUACUACAGCCAAACGACACAGACCGACAGCCGGCCCCUCAUUGGCUCUGCCCUGCGGAAGAGGCGGGUCAUGACCAAGGAUGGACGGAGCAACGUCAGGAUGGAGCACAUCGCCGACAAGCGGUUCCUCUACCUGAAGGACCUGUGGACCACCUUCAUCGACAUGCAGUGGCGCUACAAACUUCUCCUCUUCUCGGCCUCCUUUGCCGGGACCUGGUUCAUCUUUGGGGUCAUCUGGUACCUGGUGGCCGUCCUGCAUGGGGACCUGCUGGAGUUUGACCCUCCGGCCAACCAUACGCCGUGCGUCAUGCAGGUCCACACUCUCACGGGGGCCUUCCUCUUCUCCCUGGAGUCCCAGACCACCAUCGGCUAUGGCUUCCGCUACAUCAGCGAGGAGUGCCCCUUGGCCAUCGUCCUGCUCAUCAGCCAGCUGGUCCUCACCACCAUCACGGAGAUCUUCAUUACGGGCACCUUCCUGGCCAAGAUCGCCCGGCCCAAGAAGAGGGCCGAGACCAUCAAGUUCAGCCAAAACGCUGUGGUGGCCCAGCACGAUGGGAAGACCUGUUUGAUGAUCCGGGUGGCCAACAUGCGCAAGAGCCUGCUCAUCGGCUGCCAAGUGACAGGCAAACUCCUCCAGACCUACCUCACCAAAGAAGGUGAGAACGUCCGGCUCAACCAGGUCAAUGUAGACUUCCAGGUGGACACCUCUUCCGACAGCCCUUUCCUCAUCCUGCCCCUGACCUUCUACCACGUGGUCAAUGAACACAGCCCCUUCCGGGACCUGGCCUUGCGCACAGGAGAGGGGGACUUUGAGCUGGUGGUCAUCCUCAGUGGCACCGUGGAGUCCACCAGUGCCACCUGCCAAGUCCGGACCUCCUACCUCCCCGAGGAGAUCCUCUGGGGCUACGAGUUCACCCCCGUCAUCUCUGUCUCCGCCAGUGGGAAGUAUGUGGCCGAUUUCAGCCUCUUUGAGCAGGUGGUCAAAGUCUCCCCUCCUUGCUGUCUCCACGAAACCGUCCGGUUUGGCGACCCUGAGAAACUGAAACUCGAGGAGUCAUUCCGAGAGAAAGCGGAGAGAGAAGGGACCGCGCUGAGUGUCCGGAUCAGCAAUGUUUGAUCCCUCAGAGGACUUGCAAGGCCAACAUCGCUUGAGCGUUACGUACAUCAAAUACCUUUGCUAGUUCCCAGAUUUCCUUUGGACCUUUCCCUUGUUGUGUUCUUUCCACCCCGAGAAUGGCUCAAAAGAAAAAACCAGACUGAGCAAUUUGUUAAUCUCUGUAGGAUCCUGUUCAAGGGAAUGUGGUCUUCUUGACUUUUCCUCCUGACAAAGCAACUCUCAGUCCACUCCAGAAUUAAAACUUCUCCCAACUGCUGGAAGCAUAUUUUAAACGAUGCUCAUUUUUAAA